AUGUCAGCGGACGAUUUUCAGACCAAGUACGCUUCUGUCAUGGAGAGCAUGCUGAAGAGUGCUAUCGCAGAGACCACCAAACUUUUCGAAACUAUGGUCAACGACCUGAAGGCAGAAAUAUCCAAAAUAAAGAAGGAAAAUGAGGACCUCAAAACAAGAUGCAGCCAGUUUGAGCGUAGGAAAAGCCAACCGACAGUUGACACCACAGAAAGCGAGCCUCUUCCACGGCCAAGCGACAGUAAUGAGAAACGUGACACAGCUGUUCAGUGUGACCUUGUUCCUAUUCGCACCAUGCUGGUGGAACAGUGUCAACCACUGAGAAAUCCCUCACUGCAAAACCAACAACAACAAUGCAGAUAUGAGGAAAUGGAGUACAGUUUGCAGGAGCACAACUAUGGGACUCGUGGAGAGGGAAAUUCUCAAACAACAUUUAUAUUUGUCAAACAGGAGGAGUCUUUUGAUGAUUCUUCUUUACAGUCUGUUUUGAAGCAGGAGGGUGUUGAGCCCACUGUCGUCUGUGGGCAAGUCUCUAAUGCAGCUUUGCCACUAGCCACUGCUUGUGGAACUGAAAAAGAGGGGCCUCUUAUUAACCAGGAAUGUUCAACUGGAGAAAUGCUUGAAAAAGAGGAAGAGACUCAAGUAGCCCUGGAACUACCCUGUUUAGGAGUGCAGAGUGAUUUGAACCACCAAUCAUCUGAACCUGAGCAUUCAUUAGUCAUCUCAUUCACUGCAAUAAAAGAUGGCAUGGAAGACAAGAUAUUGGGAAAACUAACAUCUAAAGAACAACCACUACCAACUGCUCAGCAACAAUCAGUGGUGGAACCCCUUGAAAAAGAACAACCAUCAGUGACCCCCCGACAGUGUCAAAGAGAGGGUGAAACGUCCAUGAAUGAACAAACUGAUGUUACUGUACACUGUACAGGGGAAGAGUUAGCAGAGCCCACACUGCAAAACAAAGAAGUGGCAUGUGACCCAAAAAGUGGCAUGGAAGAAAGUGUGGUUAGUGCCCAGCCAGUACGACGUAGAAGAGGACGGCCACCAAAGAAAGCAAAACAUCAACAGCAGCCAGUGAAAGAAAUAAUUAAGUCUCCAUCUACUGAUGUUAUAACUGAGCAGGAGGUGGUAAAGACCCCCUCAGUAAGAGUGGAGGUGAUUGAGGUCUCUUCUGUAGUUGAUAGAGGGAAUACUCCUGUGUCUGAGUCUCCACAAACAUUUCAAUUUAAGCCUAAAAAGACCUCAUCCAUUAUUACUCCAUUAGUCCAGGAAAGUGUGAACACUGCUGUAGGAGAUGUGGAGAACAGUAAAGUUGGCUCUUUUCCUGUUUCAACAGCAUCUGUGACUAGAGGAUAUUCCUCUGAAAAGAAAAAAACAUUUGAAUCUCAACAGCUUUCCAUGGAAAUGGAAGCCACAUUCACCAAGUCUUCACCAGCAAAGUCACUACCUGCACCAUCACACAGAUCACGCUGUAAUUCUGUAACUCUUCAGGAUGCAAUGCUACUAGUUGAAGCCAUGAAUCAGUCAACAGUGGAAAAUACAUCCUCCUCUCCAAAAAGAAUGGCAGAACCACCCCAAACCCACUGUGCUCCCCAUGUUGGUACCUUACAAACUGUGGAUGAAGUCCCAGCUGAGACACUGCAACUUCCUACUGAAACUCUCAAAGCUUCAGGCAGUCAACCCAUAAAACAGCUGUCCACAACACAAUUGACACUCCAUUCCACUCUAACCAAUGAAGGCAAGGCCCACAUUAAAGUUGUCAUGCCAAAACAACACGUGGUCAUUCCAACUAGUACUGUUACAUCGGCAAUGCCAUCAUCUACUCAAAAAAGUGUGCAGUCACAACGGCAUCUUCCCCGACCUUUGAUAACAUCAGUAGCUCAAAGUAAACUCAGCAAUGCCAUGCCUCAUAAAAUAAUUGUUGUGCCAAGAUCAGUACCUUCAUUAAUUCCCAAGCUACCAACUUUUGUGUCAACAGUUGUUGCUGCACAGAAUAAUAGUUUACUUCCAGCCUCUACAGCUGUAAGCUUACCAGUUGGAACACCUUCCCUUUCCCCUGUCCCUCAGAAGACUAUAUAUGUUACCUCCAGGAAAUCACUCCCUAUUGUUCCUUCACAGUCAACCACCAGCUCAAAAGAUCAGCAGUCAGGAAUUCUACCACAGCCAAAAAUAACAAUUAUAAUUCCAAGACAGGUGUCAGCUGUGGAACCAAGCACACAACAGUCACAGACUAUUGUUCUUACAACAAAGCAGGAGUCAGCCGAACCAGCUGCUGCCAUUAAAGUGUCUUCACCACAGGAGUUAACUUUUUGUGUGGAUGCACAAACUGCAACAGAUGCAGUGACUGCAAUAUUGCCUCAAAAGAAGCAUAAUACAACCGAGACCUUGAAAUAUCCCAAACAACCAGAUUCUUUUAAUGAAAUGACAAAUGCGUCUACAAAAAUGGGUUCCAGUUCAGAAUUGUCAAUUCCAACUGGGCUAGUGCCAACCUCUGUCUCUCAAGUGGAACAAAAACUCUCUGCAGUCGUAAGAUUAACCAGGCUGCCAUUUUCAGUAUCAACCCGAGAAUCAGUGUUGGUCUCAAGAUUGCUUUCAAAUGGAUCUCCUGAAAGUCAGUCCAUUUUGAAGGAGGGUACCACACGUGAAAAGCUAUCAUCUGUGGUAAUUUCAGCACAGCCACCAGAAAAGUCAGUGGUAUCCACUAACAUUUGCCCCAGUUUUAAAGAAACUUCUGUUUCUGUGCCUGUAAAUACCUUUCAGAUGUCAGAACAGCUAAAUAACAUUAAAGAGAUGACAUUGUUAUCUUAUGAAACAUGCACAGUUUUGGGAGAAUCAUAUGCCAGUGGGUAUGUGCAGCCAUCCAAUGUGUCAGUACCAGACUUAGAGAAAUCAGCAGUAGCUGUCAGUACAACUGAACCUUCAGAUGGUAUACCUACUUCUAAUUUCGAGGAGGAAAUGAUCAGCAGUGCAGUGAAAGAUUGUGCACUACCUAACAACCCACCCACAGAAGAGAAACAGUCAACUGCCCUCAUACAGCUAACUUCCAUCACAUCCAAGGACACAGCUGACCCUCACUCCCAGAUGACCAAAACCCAGUUCCUAGCUCAGCUGGCAGUGUCACCUAUAGUUCAAGACCUAAAAAAGGCCUCCUCUAAUGACUUUGCAGAUUCCAGAGCUUCUAGUGCAGAAACGAACGCCAGUGGUAAGAAAAGGUUACAGAAAAACUUCAUUGUAGCACGUCUCCGAAGUCACCUCAGAACUCACUUACUGAGGAAAAGAACCGAAACAAACCCAGAAAGGUGCACCGAAACAGAGACUACCACUGUAAGCCCUAAAAAACUACGCCUUAGAGAGUGAAGGUUCAGAUGAUAAAAACACAAUCAGUGAACCUAUUCCCAUUAUCCCUAAAGAGAUAGGUGUGGUUGAAGAUGUUAUAUCUUCAAACAAAACUACUAAAAACCCCAUUCCCAAGGGGAGUCCUGGGAGAACUGAACUGUGUAAAAACCCUUUUAGACCCAGGAGGAGGAUUAGUGAACCAACUAGGGAGUCAGAGGCUACUAGUGAAUACACUCCCUUGAGUCUAAGGAGGCCUGGUUCAAGUAGACAGGGUGUAGGCUCUGAAAAUAUUAAGUUCACUUUUGUCAGUCCUCGAAGGUCUAGUUCAACCAAAGAUGGUGCUAGCCCCAGAAAAACUACAAAUGGCACUAGCCCAAAAAAUACAAGAUCUACUUCUGUGAGCCCUGACAGAACUAGUUCAACUGCAGAUGGUGCUAGCCUCAGACAGAUGAAAACCACUUCUGUGAGUCCUAAAAAGUCUAGUUCAACUGGAGAAGGUGCUAGUAUUUCUACUAGUGAAUUGAUUUCUGUCAACCGCAGGAGGUCUAUUUUCAUUCAGAACGGUUCUAGCUCUGAACUUAUCAAAAGGGAAUCCAGUUCUUUCAGUCCUAGGAGAAGAACCACAGGUAGUUAUAUUGCUAAAACAGAGACUGGCACUGGUUCCCCAAGUGUUAUGUCACCUAAAUUGGCUAAGGAUGGUGUCAGUCCUAGAAAGACAGCAGAAUCCACUCCUCCUAAGAAACCCAGAUUAAUUCAAGAUGGUACCAGUCCUAAAAAGAAUUUAAGAGUUUUGAAUGCUAAGAGGUUGGCUAAAGCAGCAAAAGCCAAAACAAUAGCUAAAAUGAAAAAUUCCAGUCAAUCCAAACUGCAAUGUGGAGCCAAAACAAGCCAGUUAGCAGAGAACCAGGCCAGCAGUGAGAUUGUGAAAAGAUAUACAGCUAAAGCUGUGUGGAUUCCUCCUAGAAUGCCAGCCAUUAAAACACCAUCAGCAGGGGGAAAGAGGCCGCCACUGUUACCAGUGAAGAAAGAGACAAGAUCCCCAAGAUCCCAGAAUCAGACAAUGGUUUACCCACCCAGUGUUUCUCUCCACCCCAUACCUGUCAAAGCACCACCUGUUGUAUCACCAUUACAGCCUUUAUCAGUCAUUGGUGGGCGUCUGCUAAAGAAUCAGUGUGGGGAGUGUGGCCGCAUCCUCAGCAGCAGUGCUGCCCUGGAGAGCCAUGUCAGUCUCCAUACAGGGCGCCGGCCUUUUUCGUGCACGCUCUGUGGGAAGAGUUUCCCAGACUCCAAAGGUCUUAAACGGCAUGGCCGGGUGCACCGCAAUGGUAGGAUCCAUAUCUGCCAGCAGUGCGGCAAGGGCUUUGUCUACAGUUUUGGCCUCACCAAACACCUCCAGAUGGUUCAUGGCAGGAUUAAACCUUUUGUCUGCCAGAUCUGCAACAAAGGAUUCUUUGCAAAGAGGGAUGUGGAGGCCCAUAUUCGGAUCCACACUGGAGAGAAACCAUUCCACUGUAACCUCUGUGAAAAGAAAUUCACAAGGAGAGUAGAACUAAAUGUACAUUUGAGGUGGCAUAAUGGAGAGAAGAGACACUGGUGUCCAUACUGCGGAAAAGGAUUUUUAGAUUUAAAUAACUUGAAAAGGCACAAGUAUAUCCACACAGGGGAGAAACCACAUUCCUGCCCACACUGCCCCAAGCACUUCACACAGUCAGGCCACCUGAAAAAGCAUAUUAAAAAUGUACAUAAAAUCCAGUGAAAGCUGGACACAGAAGAUGGUAAUGGCAAGGAUUUUUCUAUUGAGAGAUGUUAACUUUUGUAAUGUGAGAAUACUUGGAGUGGAAGGAUUAUUGUUGUGGUUGUUGUUGCUCUUGCUCUUGCUCAGUACAGGAUGAUGUCCUGUUAUUGUAUUUGUAUGAAUGUUUAAAGAAACAGUUCAACAUUUUGGGAAAUACAUGUUUGUUUUCUUGACAAGCAUUAGUUAAGAAGAUCAAGAUCACUGUCAUGUUUGUGUUUGAAGUAGAUCUGGAGCCAGGAGGUUGAUUAGCACAGUGUAAAGAAUGAAAAGCAGCACAUCAAAAGCUAAUAUAUUAACAGGAAUUUUGUUUGUUUGAAUUGUUAAAAACGCAUUGGUGGUAGACAGAUUCACGCUUCCACUGGUACUAAACUAAUCAUCUCCCAGCUCCAGUCCCAUAUUUAACAUUCAGAUUUGAGAAUGGUCAUUUGACAAGAAUACAAAAAGUAGAGAAAAAUCUUAAAAAAUAAUUUAUGAGAGUGGAAAAACUGCACUUUUUUCUCUUUUCUUGGUUAAUGGAAAAAUUGAGAUUCAUUUAUUUGGACUAAUAGUUCCUACCUUUUGUAUUAAACAGGUUAUAUCACAUGACAUUUGAGAUAAUGCAAAACCUGUUUUAAAACUGUAUCUCUUACUAGGUGGCCUAUUUGGGAUAAUGUUAAUUUGUUAAACAUCAUCCUCGAGCAACCUUUAAUAACUAUCAGGAAGCAUUGGUUUUGGACAAAGCCGUCACACUUUUUCACUGAUAUUUUCCUCUUGGUUAAUUACAUCAUUAUCAGCAAAUACAUUAACACAUUAAUACAUUAGUGUUGCUGUUAUAUCACAUAUCACAAAUUAAAAAUUUUAAUUAUUUAUUGUAGUCCUGCAAUGAUUAGUCAGUAAGUAGACUGACAGAAAAAUAACUUGCAACAAUUGUAAAUAAUAUUUUUUUCCACAAUUGGCUAGACAAGAGACAUUUUUAGAUUACACUUGAAUGGGUAAUUUUCCCCAUUUCCUGACAUUUUAUAGACUAAAGGAAUUGAUUGUCAGUUGUCAUUAAUCAAUAAUGAAAGCAAAUGUUAUUUGCACACCUAAUUUAUUGAUUUUUCCUUUUUCUUCUUACUUUUUGUUACAGUAUUAGUUUUGGAACCUUUAGUAAAUGUUUGAAAAAAUAGAUUGAAUUGUAAUUACUUUUAUUUAAGUGUAAAAAUGUCAAUAGUUUGAAUUGUUUUACAAUUUUAGAUUAUUUAUAUUUCGGUUUCUUUAAUUACAUGGCUUUUCACUGCUGUUACAAAACUGGUAAUAAGGGUGAAUUGCACUGCUCAAAGAUUAUAAAGAUCUGUUUUGUCUGAAAGACAUGUUUAAA